GGCAAGCACACCAAAAAUAAACUUUGGAGGCAGUACUGCCGCUCCAGCUACUGGAAUCACAGGGGGCUUUGGCUUUGGUAGCUCGGUACCCACCAGUGCGCCCUCGAGCCAAGCAGCGGCCCCUUCUGGCUUUGUGUUUGGAUCUGCUGGCACCUCCACCGCUGCCCCGUCUGGGACAACCGGAGGGUUUACUUUUUCCAGUGGUACCACAACUCAGGCCGGAACAGCCGGCCUCAAUACCAGCACUGCAGCUCCGCAAGCAGCGCCCACAGGGUUGACCUUUGGAGCGGCACCUACGGCUGCUGCCACCAGUGCUGCCACCUUGGGAGCUGCAACCCAGUCCACAGCCCCCUUCAACCUGGGGGGGCAGUUCGCAGGUCUAAACUUUGGGUCACUGCCUUCAACAGCCACCACUAGUGCACCCACGGCAACGCUGACCACUAGUACCAGCCAGGCACCCGCUCUGUCCUUUGGAGCCAAACUUGGAGUAACAUCCACAGCUGCUACAACUGCCUCUACCACCACAACCUCCGUCCUCGGUUCAACGGGGCCUACGCUGUUUGCGUCCGUAGUGAGUUCUGCAGCCCCGACGUCGUCGGCCACCACGGGCCUCUCGCUUGGUGCCCCUUCCACUGGGACAGCCAGUCUUGGAACGCUUGGGUUUGGAUUAAAAGUUCCUGGGACCACAGCUGCUGCAACAAGCACUGCCACGAGCACUACUUCUGCUUCUGGCUUUGCUUUGAAUCUUAAGCCGUUAACUACGACUGGUGCCAUUGGAGCUGUGACUUCUACAGCUGCCAUAACCACCACCACCACAACGGGUGCGCCUCCAGUGAUGACUUAUGCCCAGCUAGAGAGUCUGAUAAACAAGUGGAGUCUGGAACUGGAAGACCAAGAGAAACACUUUCUCCAUCAAGCUACCCAAGUUAAUGCCUGGGAUCGGAUGCUGAUAGAGAAUGGAGAGAAGAUUACUUCAUUACACAAAGAAGUAGAGAAAGUGAAGCUUGAUCAGAAGAGACUGGACCAGGAGCUAGACUUCAUUCUGUCACAGCAGAAAGAGCUUGAAGACUUGUUGUCCCCCCUGGAGGAGUCUGUGAAGGAACAGAGCGGGACUAUCUACUUGCAGCAUGCAGAUGAAGAACGGGAGAGGAC